CCCAGCACCUCCCACCUGCCCUACCCUCUGACCCAUCCCGCGCUUCCCCUCCACCUGCCCAACCCCCUGCACCUGCCUCCAUCCAGCUCUGCCACUAGCCCUGCCCUCAGCCUCCUCUUAGCCCUGUCUCCCACAGUGCCCCUAGUCUCUCAGUCCUGCUACCAGCCAUCCUCCAGCCACCUCCUUCCAGCACCCCCGCCCCCAACAUCUCCCCACCCUGUCCCAGCCCAUCUCCUUCUUCCUCCUCACUUGCCCCUUUCCCAGCACCCUCUGAUCCCCCGCCUUGGUUCUCCUCUCUGUCCCCCCAUCCCUGUGCUGCUCAGACCUGCCCUUAUUCAUGACUUCUGGCCCUCUUUGCCCCACCCCCUCUCCCAUCCCACUCUGCCCCACCUGCUUUGACCCCCUGCCAGGUCAGCCGCUGUCUCUGAGUCUGUGUUUGGUUGGCAGUGAGGAGCACCCACCUGUGUUGCCAUCCCCGAUACAUGGAACCAGCUGCGAGAGGCCGGAGUGCUACCAGGCAGAGCCAUCAGGCCUGCUGGAGUGUUACCAGUGCCGCUACCUGUGCACGGCCAGAGCUUGCUGCCAGCUUGUGGAAGUUCUGCUGACCAUGCUGAUCCUGAUCUGCAGCUCUGUGUCCUACAGCUCGACAGGCGGUUACACCGGCAUUCCCAGCUUGGGGGGCAUUUACUACUACCAGUAUGGAGGGGCUUAUAGUGGCCUUUAUGGGGCAGAGGGGGAAAAAGCCCAGCAACUUGACACCCAGUUCUACCAAUUAAAGCUGCCGACAGCAAGAGCAGCAAUGGCUGUGGGAGGGGCCCUGAUGGCCUUCUCUUGCCUUCUGGUUUUGGUUGGUGUGCUGCGGCUGCCAUGGCAUUUCCCAGCCUGGCUGCUGCUCGAAUGCACCCUGGACGUAUUGAUUGCACUUGGUUUCAUGCCUGCUCUGUACUUCUACUUCCACCUUCUGUUGGAUGCCUACAAUUCUCCAGUGUGCAAAGAAAGAGAGAAUCUCUACCAAAGCAAAGGCUACCAAGGAUUCAGCUGCAGUGUGCAUGGGGCAGAGAUAGCAGCAGGGCUCUUUAGCUGCAUUGCCAUUGUGGUGUUCUUGGUUAGUGCUGGCCUUGCUGUCAAGGGAUACAAAACAGUUCAUCAGCUGAGAGAGAAGCCAGUGGAAAUGUAUGAGUUUUAGGGUGGCUUGUUCAUACCCAAGCUGUCCUACCAGCUCAUCUCUCUCUGUGGCUGCCAGCCUGGACACCAAGAAGGGGCAGCACCCUCUUCCCUGUUUCAGGAUGUUGCAUCUGCACUGCUACAAUCAGAAUACAGGACCAUGGCCACAACAAGCACCCCUACCAUGAGAGAACAGCUCCAGCUAGAGCCAAGCCAUGCUGCUCUUAACCAGCCCUCACAUUUAAAUCUUGUGAAUGUGAGUGGAACAGAUGCAUUCUUAGUUCCAUAAUCCACAUCUGCUCCUUGGCUCUGCCUUUGUUAGCAGUGACUAGCUUACUCCUUGUGCUGAGCUCAGUAUCUUGGGAGUAGAGGGGCCCCUCCAUCUCCUGAUCUGCUACAGCAAGAUGUCCCAGCUCUCUCAUUGGCCAUAGUCCCAUUCCUCCCAUACAAGGUAGAACUACCAGCAUUUGGCAAGAUACCUGGUUCAUUAGCGAAGACUGAACUUUUCACUUGACCUAAAGCACAACGGGACUUCGUCUCUCCUCCCAUCACUGCAUGUUGGAACAACUUUGAUUCCCAGCUGCUUGCUACAGCAGUGCAGGGAGCAAGAGAGAAUGACAUAGGAAGAGAGCCCAGGUUUGGCCACUAAACGCUGCCACUAGCUCUCCUCUGGGCCUGGGCUUCCUCACAUGUCGGGGUGUCAUCUUUAAACCAUGGUUCUUAUUUUUUUAAAAUGUAAUUGAUUGUAUAAGAAAAUGAUUCUACAAACCCGAUCAUUAGUGGAAAGUGCUGGCUUUACAGAUGGCGGCUUCAAUGAUAAUUGCUACUGAACCUUCAAGGGCCAAGCACUGGUGCAAAUCCAGCAGCUGGAUCAGCAGUUCACCAUCCUCAGAGCUUUUCUUAUAUAGAGCAGCUUGACUUUCUUGUUGGAGAGCUGAGUACUAGCACGGGGCUUCCUUGUUGGAAGGUCCAUGCCUCUGCAAGUUCCCUCGCUAGGAAAUGGCUGCUUGUGGAAGCCACGUGCAGGCUCCUGGCAUGUUUGGCCUAUGGCACAGUGGUAGGCAUCUAGCUACACAUAGCCCUACAAAGUAAUGGCAAAAAUCUUUGCAAAGGGAGAGAGGCUAUAUUGAUGAAAUGGACUGUGAGCUAGCAGUCACUGCUGGGGCUGCAGCCACUGUUGGGAGACUCCUAGACAUGUUAUGGAAUUCUCACUCCACAAUGUGAUAGAAAAAUGAACUUUUAUCAGGAUCUUCCAGAGCUCAGUGGUGCAGCUAGUGAAGCAGUUGAGUAUUCUUGGCACUGAUGGCCUUCUCAUAGUGAGGCAGAGCUAGGGUAACAAGCAGUCUUAGCCACUAGCAGUGGCACCUGCAGGCCAACUCUUUCUCUAGGUAUAAAAUUUAUAAGCAGAAUGUUCUGGAUAAGAAUGUACUUUUCACUGACUUUUAUUCUUUCAUUCAUAGGCUGCCAAAGUUAGUCUCUUUUUGAUAUAAUGCAGGGAAGAACUAGGUGAUAAAAUAUUAGAGACCAAUCAGAGUCCCAUAAAGUAAUUGGCCUGAUGUAUAACCUGGACUCUCAUCAGAUCUGUCUGAAGCAGCGCUAACUCAAGCUUGCUCAGUCCUUUGAUUCCCUUAGAAAAGCCAGGUAGGUGCUGCAGGCAGUGAAUCACUACUGAUUCCAGCUAAUGGUGUCAAGGGACUGUGGUGCACAGAGCUCUAAACAGCAUCUGUCCAGAAUAAGGGUCCCGUGGUGCUUUUCCAGAAGUGUUAACAGCACUUUCCUGUUUUGAUCCCCAGUGGGUAGGUACAUUCCCCCUUGGUAAAGUCUCCCUAUUGUUUCAGCUGAAGAAAGAUAUUAUUAAUUUCAAAUUAUCUAGCUCCAGACACAUGGUCCACAUGCAUAAGUCCCUCAGUGAUAUAUAACAGGGACCACCACGUGAAGAAAAAUAAGUUUAUACGAUGCAAGAGUACUACUAUAAAAUUCUGUGCCAGAUCACCAGCUGUCAUUCUGCUGUCCCCUUUUACAAAGGGUUACUUUUUCUUAUAGCACAGGGUAGUCCUGCUAGGAAUGUAUUGUGCAGAAGACUCCAUUAGGAGAGUUGACCUAUAAAUAAAUUCCUUCCAAUCAGUGCAGAGCUUGUAUUAACCCUUUGAGCCAGGCAUUUAUAUUACCAUGAUAGAGAAGCAAUGCCAGAGACAAGUUUGUUUCCAUUUUAAGACCAAUGUGUGAUAUAAAUCUCUCUUCUGGCCCUGAGUAAAUUUAGGCUGGAAAUUAGGUUUCCAGUCAUCAGAGAUGGGAGAUUCUGGAAAAGCCUUGCAAUAGGAGCAGUGAGAGCAAAAAGCAUAAAGGAUUUUAAGAUAGAACUUGAUACAUUUACAAAUAGGAUUAUAUGGGGGGGGGGGUUUUCUGCGGUAGCAGGGGCCUGCACUCAGUGAACCAGGGGGUCCCCUCCACUCCAAUGCUCUAUUUGUUUCAUACUCUCUGAGGGGUUGGCAGGGGCACCUUUCUGUAUAAAAUGUGUCUGUCCUUGGUGUAGACAGCAAAGUUAAUCAGCAUAGAUUGAGCAAGAUCUGAGACUUUGGAAAACAGAAUACAGCUAUGAAAAUUCUGCUGUCAGAUCUCACAAUAAAGCUUCCAUGCUUUACAGUAAAGAUAUUAAAUGCUGAGCUCUUCCUUGUAUUCUUUGUAAACAAUUAAAUGUGAACUUUACUCUUUU